CGAAAAAACCGGACGCUUUCAAAUUAAAUAUUGUGAGAACAGAAAAGAAUUAAAACAUGAAUUUUUAAAUCAUACGUACAAUUAAACGAGAAAUGGAGAUCCAAAUAUUUGCAUUACUUUUCGUAAGUGGCUUAGCUUCAACUGUUGUACAUGUAUCACACAACGAAAUUGGAAAUACUUAUGAUAAAAUGUAUACAAAUAAAUUAACAGUUAUUCCUAAAUAUGAAUACAAUAAAUUUGAAAACCUUUUUGAAUUUGGAGUUAAGCAGACACAGCACGAUGAAAACGUAUUUCACAAAAUACUGUUAAAUAAAUAUGUAAAAUUUGAGAAAGACGAUGAGAAUAACUCCUUAGGAUCUCACGUAUCUGUCAUAGAAGAUGAUUACACGAAAAAAAUUGAGCACCCUAAAAAUGAACCCCUACCAGUGACACAAUUUAAAAAUGGUGCUGAUGAAAAUAACAUAUACAGUAAAUUUAAAGCAAAUCAUAUCGUUGUAGCUGAUUCGCAAUCCAUUAAAGGUACAAAUAGCAACAACAAUACAAGCCCUAGUUAUAAAAGCAUGGUUUAUAAUAGAGUCAACACAAAUAUAAGCACUUUUAACUAUCAAUCUGGCAACAAUUUAAUACAUCAUAUUGAAAAUAUAAAAAGUAGUAAAAUACGCCGAUCAAGCGAAUAUCGAAAUAAAAAUAUAAGCUAUCAAUCGCUGUGUCCUACUAAGCGAAAAUCUGUUUUGCUUGAAACCAUUGAAUAUGAAUAUAGACCAAAUCACUAUAUCGAAGUUUCAUGUGCCCAUAGCUAUGUACCUUCUCAUGCGAAUAUCGAUGAUAAAAACAAGAUUUGUUCAGAAGCUGGAUUUUCUUGUAUGCAACUCAAUCGUACAAUACAUUUAAUUAGACGAAAUAAAUCCAAAUCGAGUCAGUGUUGGGAGUCAGAGAUUCGAGUUAUACCAUCUGGAUGUGAAUGUAUGUGGCCAAAACAUUACUAUGGCGAUAUACUUGCUUUUCAUGAGUCACAUAAACGUUACAAUGCAGGACUAAUGAAUGGGUAUAUUCCUUAUAUUUCAAAUAAUAAUUCGUAACUUUAAAAACUUUCUGUACUUGUGUUUGGGAAUUUUUGUUUAAGAGAAAUAAAUAAAUUAUUUUUUAGUAAACUUUAUUUGUUGCAACAAUUGCCAAAAAA